AUGCAUACAAAUGAACUCUUCGAGAUAAAUACUUCGAAAAAUGAAAGUCACAAUUUUAUACAAACAACAACAAAUACCAAUUUACCCAUAACCGAUUUCUAUAGGAAUGCUACGUUGCUCAUCACUGGAGGCACCGGUUUUGUCGGGAAGGUUUUAAUACAAAAACUAUUACGCUCCUUCGAGAUAAAGAAGAUUUAUAUGCUGAUACGCUGUAAGGAUAAUAUGACCAUUGAACAGCGUUUGGAAAAUUUCUUCAAAGAAGCUAUAUUCGAUAAUAUACGUACGGAGAAUCCAGCAUUAUUUCAAAAAGUUCAUCCAAUAAAAAUUGAUUUUACUGCUCUUGAUUUAGACAUUAAGGCUGAAGAACGAGAAAUGAUAUGCAAUGAAGUUGAGAUUGUUUUUAAUGUUGUUGCCUCAGUGAAAUUCAAUGAGAAAUUAAGCGAUGCCAUCGACAUCAACGUUUUGGGCACAAAGAAAAUUUUGGAUUUGGCUAUGGAAAUAAAAAACUUGAAGUCAUUUGUCCACAUUUCAACACUUUACUGCAAUUGCAAUCGACAGUUUAUCAAGGAGCAGGUAUACGAGACCGAAAUUGGCUAUGAAAAAAUUAUGCAGAUAUUUCGCAUAUUUGAUGAUGUGACGUUGGAAAAAUUUAGGCACUGCCUCAUUGGAGAAAUGCCAAAUACUUACACGAUGACUAAGAAGUGUGCUGAAAAUUUAGUUAACCAUCGUGCCUUCUAUUUACCCGCCGGUAUAUUUCGACCACCAAUAG